CAGACACCCCUGGAAGACGUUUUUUCCCCCCUCAAAAUUCUAUCUUUAUAGUUUUAUAAUUACAAAAAAAAAAAAGCUUAGAUAUGAGGAUUCUUUUCUGCAACAGAACAACUCCCUUGGUACAACCAAAAAGACCAGUGUUUACUUUUCAUUAAAAGCUUGCAGGAUCUUGGUUCUCCAACCAGGGAUUGAACCUGUGCCCUCAGCAGUGAAAGCACCGAGUCCUAACCACUGGAUCGCCAAGGAAUUCCCUCUCUAUUUUUUUUUUAAAUUGGAAGAACCUGGAAAGCAGAUUGGAAAGAAGCAGCUGGAAAAGUGGGAGGAAAACUGAAUGUUUGUAAUCUUGGAAGCCAUUUGAGAAUGGAGCCUACUUGGUAUACUAGCAGAUGAAGAAUUUAAGGAGGAUGUCUAUCUUUAUUCUCUUUAGCAACUGAGAGUCAGCUCUGGGAACCAUCAGGUACCAUGGGGAAGCGGGACAAUCGGGUGGCCUAUAUGAAUCCUAUAGCAAUGGCCAGAUGGAGGGGCCCAUCUCAAUCUGCAGGCCCAACAAUACAAGAUUAUCUGAAUCGACCAAGGCCCACCUGGGAAGAAGUGAAGAAACAAUUAGAAAAUAAAAAGAAAGGCUCCAAGGCAUUAGCUGAAUUUGAAGAAAAAAUGAAUGAGAAUUGGAAGAAGGAACUAGAAAAAAGCAGAGAGAAAUUAUUAAGUGGAAAUGAGAGCUCAACCAAAAAAAGAGAAAGAAAGAGAAAGAAAAAGAAGAAAUCUUGUCAGUCUUCAUCUUCUUCUACAUCAAGCUCUGAUUCUUCAAACAGUUCUUCAGAUUCUGAGGAUGAGGAAAAGAAACAAGGAAAAAAGAGAAAGAAAAAGAAGAACCAUUUAUACAAAUCAUCAGAAAGCUCUACAUGUGAAUCUGAAUCAGAGAGCAAAGAAUCUGUUAAAAAGAAAAAGAAGUCAAAGGAUGAAACAGAAAAAGAAAAGUAUAUUAGAAGUCUCAGCAAAAAAAGAAAGAAGACUUGUCCUGAGGAUAAACCUUUAUCAUUGGAGUCCUCAUCAGAAUCAGAUUAUGAAGAGGAGGUACAAGCAAAAAAGAAGAGAAGACAUGAAGAGAGAGAAAAAGCAAUGGAAAAAGAAAAGAAGAAGAAGAAGAAACAGCACAAAAAACAUAGUAAGAAGAAGAAAAAGAAGUCAGGUUCAAGCCACAAGUCCUGAUAAUAUCAAGAAAGAAAGCAAGAUUUCCCUAUUGAAAAAAGCAAGGUGUAAAGGAAACUUCAACUGUGAAUGCUAGGGCAUAUUUACCAAAAUGCAUGAGUUUCCCUGUGUUAGUAGAAUUAUUCCUGGACUUUGAGUUGCCAGUCAAAUACUACUGUGCCAGAAAGGGCCAUAAUUGUUGCCUGCAGCUUAAAUGUAGGAUUUUGGGGGGUUUUAUGUGUUUUUCCCUCCACUGGCUAAUUCUUCUGAGAGCUAAAACCGUGUUGUCAUACUAGUGGUUAAAAUGUUUGAAAUUAAAAUAAAAUGUUUUAGAUGGUAAAUAAUUUUGACCAAACAGUGGAUCUAAUGUUAAAAGUAUCUAAUUUGGCUACAUCUUUAAAAUAUAAUCAGAAAUAUCCAGGCGACAAUAGCUGAUAUUUUUGAAGCAUGGACUUAACAUUGUCUCAAAAUACUUACUUUUGAAGAUUAAAAGUUUAGUUUAUUUUUCUUUUCUCCUUAAUGAACUUUUGUUUACAUGGGGAAAGGGUUUGUGGGGGAAAAAGAGUUUGCUCUCACUUUGGCGAGCUGAAUAGUGUGCCUUUGAUCCUUACACAUCCUAUUUUUGCUAGUGCUGCAGCCAUUCUUUUCUUACUUAGUAAUGUAUGCUGUUUCACAUGAACAAGAAAGGCAGCAAUUUACAGUAUAUGUAAGGCCCCAGUUUUAUGAAAUUUACCUCCAUUUUGACAGUACUGAAUAAUAUUUAAUGUUAGAGUGUUACAUGAUUUGAAUUAACUUUGAUACCCUUUGGAGGGGAGUAAUUUUAAAUAGAC